CCUCACUUUUACUAUCUAGUCUAAGGUACUGACCUCCAUAGUACAAGCUUCAAGAAUUGUCUUAACUUUAUAGUUUGGGCUUCGUUAGUACUUCCACGCUCACUUGGGAAGGUCAUCAGUCUCCGUCCACUAGCAAUUCUACCACUCCUGUUCCAGCCAGGGAGGCUGCAUCCAUCUGUCCUCUUCCAGCGCGUCUUCCGUAUAUCAAUACCUCGCUGGAAGCGAGUGCUUCCCUUUAUUCCGUGUGCUAAGCCACAUAGGCGUUGGAUCUCUUAGACUUUGAGAUUGGAAUCAUUCAGAAUCGACCCGGCCUGCUUGGCCUCUAGCAUGUUUCCUACUUAAUUAUACCCUAUCACGAAAUCACGAACACAUCCUAGCCCGAUCCCAAGCGGGCCCUGAGCUUCAAAUCGGGAAGAUGAUUGAGUAUGAGUCUACCACUUUACAGCCUCUCUGUGUAGCCACCUCAAGUAAGGCAGGAAUUGAGGAGCAGAGUCCACGAACGGAGACACAUAUCUCCAGCCAGGAACAAGAUGGCCGGACGGGGGGAACUUCGCAAGCAGCUUCAAGACUUUCUGACUCGAACAUCAUUAAAAGUGCCGAAUGGUCCGCUGAUGGGACAACGUUGUUGACAGACUCUACAGACCAUCAUAUCAGGAGCUAUAUAUUGCCACCAGACUUACUCGAAGAGAGACCAUCACCUAUCCACCUCUCGCCUUAUUCGACACUGGCCUCAGCGGAACCGAUUUAUGCCACAGCCAUGUACCCCUUCUUCUCUCUCCAGGACCCUUCCACCACAUUAUUUCUCUCCUCCGUGAGAGACCACCCCAUCAGACUGGCAUCGGCUUUGGCGCCAAUGCAAAUGGCGUCUUACUCUCUGGUCAAUCCCAUGACAGAGGCUUUCAUUACACCGCACUCAAUGAUUUACCCACCCAGUCUAGGAGGCACUCAAUUCCUCACUGGAUCUGAUAGCCUCAUCUGCCUUUUUGAUGUUUCGCGGCCAGGGAACGAUGGGCCUGUCACGACGAUGCCUACUAUACCAAGUAAGCGCAAACAAGUGGUGGGCGGUGGUGUUGGCAUGAAGGGCAUCGUUUCUGCAUUGGCCGUGGAUCCCAGCGCACAAGGCAUCCUUGCUGCAGGAACAUUUACCCGGCACGUCGGGCUCUAUGACUCGCACGGAAGCGGGCAAUCUCUGGGAACGUUCAGCAUUGCGAAAACAGAGGCAGAUCCUCACAUAGGAGGGCGCGGGAUCACGCAACUGUUAUGGAGUCCUUGUGGCAGGUAUCUGUAUGUCGCUGAACGCAAAAGUGAUGGCGUCCUGGUCUAUGAUAUCCGAGUGACCGGCCAAUUGCUCGGGUGGCUGCAAGGGCGCAAGGCUCUCACCAAUCAACGCAUGAAGAUCGACGUGGUGGCCACGGGCCAAGGAGAUUCGCAUGAGAUCUGGGCGGGAGGAACCGAUGGCUGCAUGCGAGUUUGGCAGAACCCCACCUAUAAUCCUGGAGCACAGGAGCCGAAGUGGGAGUGGAAGGCUCAUGAUGAGUCAGUAAGCAGUACUGUGGUGCAUCCUUUGGGCAAUGUGGCUGCAACAACCUCAGGGCAAAGAUACUUUGCAGACGAACCUGACGACGGCAUUCCGCCUUCUAAUUCGCAGAUUGACAGGAGUCUAAAAGUCUGGUAUAUGCCGUUCUUGAACGAUAGCAACGAGAUCGAUUCAGUCACGGACUGAGGCGCGUCAGCGAAAGAAGAUCUCAUCAACUCGAACAUCGGACCCUGGGACUCAAGGCCAACAUCAGGCUACCUCGCCGAGGCACAGCUUGGGGACG